GUUCACAGCAGUAGCAAUCGCCCUUUUUAGUCUUCCUUCAUCUUGCUCCAGCGUGUUUGCUUUUCAGCGAUCCCUUGUUCAGUUGCCGUUACAGCCCAGCAGAUCAUACCUUCACAGAUGCCAUCCGCUACCAAAUCUGACGGCACACCCGUCGAGCGACCCAUGCCGCAACGGGACUCCAAGCUAGAGGUGCAGGACAGCAUUGAAUCGCUAUUGCCAGUCGAAUAUCCGCAGUUGGCAGGCAAAACAUAUCUCGACCAUGCGGGAGCAACUCAACCAGCCAAAUCGCUCAACACUGCCAUUUGCGAAGACAUGACCAAUAGCCUGUACGGCAACCCUCAUUCAGAACAUGGACCCUCAAAGCUCGCAGCGAAAAGGGUAGAAGACAUACGCCUCAAAGCGCUAGAAUUCUUUAAUGCCGAUCCGCAAGAUUUUGACCUAAUCUUCACUCAAAAUACGACCGCAGCUGUCAAGUUGGUGCAUGACUGCUUCCGGGACUAUGCUGCAGCACCAGAGGGGAAGAAUUGGUGGUAUGGUUACCACAAGGAUGCCCAUACUUCGAUAGUAGGAGUUCGAGAGGGGACCAGAAUGCAUAGGUGUUUCCGCAACGACCGCGAAGUGGAGCUUUGGAUCGAAAGUAGGGGCUUGGGUGGAUGUUCUCCCAACGACAUUGGAUUAUUCGCGUACCCCGCACAAUCGAACAUGACCGGAAAGCGUCUGCCUCUCGAAUGGGCGCCAAGGAUACGGAACCGUGUCAAGGCCCACACUUACGUCUUGCUUGAUGCCGCUGCCUACACAUCUACUGCUCAGCUUGAUCUUUCCGACGCAGCCGCAGCACCAGACUUUGUAACGCUUUCCUUUUACAAAAUAUUCGGCGCGCCCUACCUCGGAUGCCUCAUCGUCAAGAAAUGUGCGUGGAAAGUAAUGGAGUCGCGCAAGUAUUUUGGAGGUGGCACUGUCGAGAUGGUCAUCGCUGUCAAUGACUCCUGGGUCCAACAGAAAGGAUCAAUGCACUUACAUGAACGCCUUGAAGACGGAACUCUCCCUCUUCGCCAGAUCUUCGAGCUGGACCAUGCCAUCGACGUGCAUCGCAAGCUUUAUGGCCCGAAUCCCAUGAAGACCAUCUCCACACACACAAGUCGCUUGAUCAAGAAACUUUAUAAGGACCUUUCUGCGCUUCGUCACUCGAACGGCAUGCCUGUCGUAAAGAUCUACGAAGAUCGAGGCGUUACCUUUGGUGAUGCGAGCACGCAAGGAGCGACCAUCGCUUUCAACAUCCAGAAGGACCGUGGCGGACUUGUGAAGUACUUCGACUUCGAGAAGGAGGCCAAUGAUGAAGACAUUAUGGUUCGUUCCGGCUCCUUGUGCAACCCGGGAGGAACAGCCACAUACCUCGAUUGGUCUCCGUCAGAGCUCAAAGAGGCAUUCGUCUAUGGCCACAAGUGCUCUGACCCUCAAGCUGAGUUCCAAGGCAAGCCUCUUGGUGUCAUCCGGGCUUCCCUAGGGGCCAUGAGCACCCAAGCCGACAUCGACAGACUCGUCCGCUUCAUCAAGGAGAAAUAUAUCGACCGGGUGUACGAGACAGGAGGACCAAUUUCUAUGCCACAGGAUGUCAAUCUCGACAGUCCUCCCAAGAAAGCUUCAGCGACUGUCUUGCGCGUGUCGGACCAUCGUCAAAAGGACUCGGUGUCAUCAAACUUCACCGACGACAGCCUCUCUCCUCCAAAGCUAUUCAACCCAAAGCGACACAGCGCUAUCUUGCCGCCACCUACUCCCAACACGGCCAUUUUCCGUGAUGAGAUGAGCAAAUCCGCCAAAGAAGUCGCAGCCAGCUUGAAGAGCGAACAAUCCCGUUUCCGCAAGUUCGGUCGAAGUAUCGGAGAAGUCUUGAGAAUUGGCUCCAGAAAUAAGGGAACUCAUGUCUGGUAAGUCCCUAAACCUUGGGACAAGAAGACCUUGAAAAAUCGUAACAGCAGCGCAACCGGGGGAGGCUUCUAGUGUUUUGGUCACGAGCUUGACUUUGUGAGAGACGGCGAGGUUGAGCGUAGGACGGCGAUUAUGAGAGCUCGAAAAAACUAAAGUAGCGAGCGAGCAUGAGACACGGCCGAUGUUUAUAACUUAUGACGACUGCCACGAAUUUGUUGCAUUGUUAUUGGCGCUUUGGAGCUGUAGAUAGAGGGUAUUAGUGCGAGCACGCAAUUUAUUUGAAGGUGACGC